AUGCCCGAAUCCACACUGGCGAUGGCCGACAAAGUGGACAUGUCUUUGGAUGACAUCAUCAAGCUGAACCGGAGGCAGCAAGGAGGUCCCUGGUGGGGCCGGGGUCGCAGAGGGGCCGGCUACCAGAACUUCCGUGGCUUCAAAGCAGGCGGCGGUGGUGAGCCUAGGAGGAAGCAGCCUGCCAUGGCCCUGCGCGGCAGGAACCGGGUGGCACCAUACAGCCACCAGAAGCAACGUCGGGACAAGUGGCAGCAGGACCUAGUCCACAGGGCCUUCGUGGGUGGAGCCAGCGUGGACAGCGGUGGGAAGCUGCUUGUGUCCAACCUGGACUUUGCAGUGUCCGAUGCUGAUAUACAGGAAGUCUUUGCUUCAUCAGGAACCUUGAAGAAAGCCACCGUGCACUAUGAUCGCUCUGGACAAAGUUUGGGGACAGCAGAGGUGCACUUUGAACGGGAAGCAGAUGCCCUGAAGGCUAUGCAAGAGUACAAUGGUGUGCCUUUGGAUGGCCGCCGCAUGAAGAUCCAGCUCGUCACAUCCCAGAUCCUUAUGCAACCAAGACCUGCACAAAGCAUCAACAGAGGAGGCAUGACAAGAAACCCUGGCUCGGGAGGUUCGCGUGCCGGAGUCACCAGGAGAGGGACAAGUGGAGGCUACCAGGGACGAGCUAGAGGGGCCAGCAGCAACUCGAAGCAGCAGCUUACUGCAGAGGGGUUGGACGCACAGUUGGAUCCCGCACCCACUCCAGAGCACCCGCCAGGCCUGAGAACACAGCCGGCUAAGGCAGCCAGGAGGGUGCGCUUGCACUUCGCACACCCCUCCCCUCCGCAGCAGCCUCUUGUCACUCAGGCGAUUCGACUGGUGGCCCCGCCCAAUGAUAGUCCAGCGUCUCCCCUUGCGCCCCGCCUCCGGACCCUGCUUCCAAUAGGAGGCCGGCGGGGGCGGGCCGCGCGGGCAUCCUCUCCAGCUGAGGCCGCGGCCAGAGCCAGGCUGGGGCGCGGGAGAGGCAGGUACCAGCGCGGUCCGCGCAGCCCCAGGCGCUAG